AAGCCAUGGCCGCGCCUCGCCCUGCCGUUGACGCCUCGCUGCAGCGCCAGAAGUGGCGGUGUUUGGCCGCGGAGCAGCGGGCUGCAGCAGGCAUUCAAAGCAAUGCCCGCGGCCAUUGCUGUCCCUUUGCGACAGGUGCGGCGUGGGGCUGCUCCUUCUGGUCGUGGUGUGGGUGUCGCCUUGUCUGGCAAAAAGCUUGAGGAAUUUCAGGAGGGCGACUCGGUGGUGGGCACCGUGGUGCAGAUCUACUGCCCCGGAGGCGUCUCGGUGGACGUGGGCUGCUGCGACACCCUGGCGUUUCUGGAGGUGGAGGAGUUUGCUGAAGGCUUUCCGGCUGAGGGACCUUUCCGUUUCCAGCCGGGAGAAACGAUCCAUGCGCGGGUGUUGGAUGUGAAUCCUCAUGCCAGGAUCGACGAUCACGGUGAGCCAGAUCCUUUUGGUGAACAUGGAGAUACGGGUAAACUUCACUUGACUUUGCGGUCGGGCCCGCUGGAACGUCCAGAACGUUUUGUGGCAGACACUACAAGGCCAGCCAAGCUGGAUGCAUUCAAAGAGAUCUCCAGGGAGGAGUGGCUUGAUGGUGAAGUCGUGAUGAUGUCUAACUGGGCGGUCUACGUAAAGGUGAAGGCGACCGUUGGUCAAGAGGUCUUCGUUGGCAUCUUGGAACGGCCGAAUUUCAGCCCACGCUUUGCAGAGGAGGUGGUUCGCGGCUGCCAUGCGCGUGUGCGCAUCAAAGAGGUGGAUGAGGAAAGCCGGCGGCUGUUGCUGACAAUGAAGAGUUGUCUGCGCACCUGGUUGGAUCGCAAGAAAACCUCGGCGACGAUGGAGAAGCCAGACCACACACCUGAUGUGUCCAAAUACAAAAAGCCCAAGGCCGGCCUUCAGCCGUGGGCAGUGGGUGCCGCCAGCUGUGGUGUGGUGCUUCUCUGUGCCGGUGCCUGGUGUCUGUGGAACCAAGCGCAGGAGGAGGCGCGCAUCCUCCAGUCCCACAGUUCUUGGCCCAAGGGGCCCAAGGGGCCCAAGCCCAAAGUUUCCAAACCGGCAUUCCAGCCUCCGUCAGCCGAGUCAGAUACGCUGGAAGAUGCCUUAAGCAAAUUGGAGGGCGAUGAGCCUGAGAGGCCGCGCCCCAGGAAAAACAAGCUGAAGCCCAAAGGAGCAAUGAAGGAACAGGAAGAGACCAGCGAAGAGGACAAAGAAAAAGCCAAGGAUGUCAUUCGAGAUACCUUGAAAAAGCUAGAAGCUGAAGGAAAGCAGGGAAAGAAAGGGAGCAAGACCAGAAAGACUAUCGAGAAGUUAAAGGCAUUGCUCGGAGAGGAGGACGAGGAGGAACCAGAAAAAAUCACAGAGGAGCAGCAGUCUCACUUGGAUUUCGCCAAGGCACUGCAAGAAGAGCAGAAGCGGAAAAUCCAUGUGGAUAUGAAGACUGUCAGGAACGAAUUUAAGCGGGACUUCGGCAGUGAUUCUCGAUCCCUGCUAUGCAGCGGCUGCAAGAUGGUGGCAGGACGUUUGAGUAGCGAGUUAGACACUCACGAUGUGCACGAGCAGGAGAGCCCCGCACAGAUGUUGGCGGCCAAACGAAAGGCCAUUGAUUCCACCUGUAGCAGCCUCCGACAUUUGCAGGCAGUGAAGCCUGACGACGAGUCAGGUAGCGCUCGCUUCGAGGCUAGUGAGGUCACUGGCGAAGGCGAACGCGAGGGUAAACGCCUUUGUGCUGCGAUUUUGGAGGAGUCGCGAUUUGAUAUCUUGGCCAGGCUCAUCCAACGCAAGAUUCCUGAGAUGCAACAGUUUGGGAUGGGUGAAAAGCAUCACCCCAACUGGGAGCGCUGGCUUUGUGCUGAACGCAUGCGUCUGUGUAAAAGGAGCGAAGUGAGACAUGACGAAGAUGAUGAGAUCGAUCAAGAUUUGUGA